AAUAUUCAUGUUGGCAAUUUGUCCACCAUUUUUGCUUUGAUCAAAACAACGUUUAAAUGCAUAUUGUGAUGUUCCUGUUAUUAUCUAAUUGGAUUCGUUUGUUCAAAAGAUUUCGUCACAAGCAAAAACGUUUAUCUUAAUGCGAAAAAGUUAUAAGCCGUCUGAAGGUGAUACAAUGCUUGGACAUAAUAAUUAUGUACAACAAUAAACAGUAAAAUAGUCCGUUUUUACCCAUUCAGCAAUGGCAAGCUCCGAGACCAACAGCGUUAUAGGAGACAAUGAAGGAGAAACAGAAGUCAAAGGUGAUGAACUCAAGGGCGCAGAGAAGUUGACUGAGCACAUUUCAAAUAACUCAGAAAGAAACAUAAAUCAAGGUGAAGGUGCGGAGGAAAAACAAACGGACAGUAACCCCAGAAUUUCAACUGAAAAUGAGGGCCAACAGGACGCGGCUAUUGAUGAAGAAAGCAGAACAAAGAGCAAGCAGAAAAUUGAGGCAACGCCACCAGCAGUGGUUAGGUCUUCUGCAUCCACGGCGCCCAUACGUCUCCCUCCCAUUCAGGGAGUACCCAGCAGCGUUGUUGGGCCAUCAAGCACGAAGAUGUCCAUGAGGCAGUUCUUACAAGCCUCAAGAUCAAACAUGCCGCAACGAAGAUCAGUCAAUCCGGACCUGCGAACGUCCAUAUUCAAAACGGCUACAAAAGAAAGGGAAGAAAGCCGCUUCGCUUGGGCGACCAAUUUCGACUUUUCUAUGGUGUCUAUGGCGUGCGUCAUUGGGCUAGCAAAUUUUGUUCGUGUUCCACAGCUGUGUAAAAGGCACGGUGGCCUGGCCUUUUUUAUACCGUAUUUGAUUACCGUCAUCUUCAUGGGCAUGCCACUUUAUUUUCUCGAGACGCUGCUGGGCCAGUACAGCGGUCACGGGACAGUGGCUGUCAUGAACGAGCUGGUUCCAGCUUUUGUUGGCAUUGGAUACGCGCUGGUCAUCAACAAUUUUCUUUCAUUUAUGCGAAGUGAAAUGGAUAUGGCAAGAAUCUUAUUUAUGCUUGUGAACACAAUGAGAAACGUUAUUCCAUGGGCAGUGUGUGAAGAGAAAAAUGACGCCGGUUGUUAUACCCAAGCGGAUGAUGCCUACUGUCAAACCCUUGGAAGUGAUUAUGUUUAUUAUAAUCGCAGCUGCACGAGCAUCGCCGAUAUAUGUGCGCAAGUACUGGGCAUGACUUCCACUGGCGAAAACUGCACACUGAAGAACGGUUCCUCUGUGCCAUUUGACCAUGUGAUAACUCGCCGUACCCCGGAAGCCGAGUUUUACUUCCGCCAGGUGCUCAAUCUGGAAGAUGCAUCUCUUGCACAGCUCGGUGCUGUGCACUGGCCAAUGUUCUUCUGUCUCGGAUUUUGCUGGCUAAUGACGUAUCUGCUCGGCUACAACGGAUUCUCGACAACCGCAAAAAGUGCCUAUCUCACCACGUUUGCGCCCCUUCUGGGACAGUUUGCCCUGUACGCUAAGGCGUUCUGCCUAACGGGCGCUGGGGGAGGCAUACAAGCAUACUUGACGUUCGACUGGUCUGCCCUUAUCACCACGGAUGUAUGGAUAGAUUCCAUCAAAACAUGCUUCAGUUCACUGAGUUUAGGUUUGGGAUUGCUGACCGCCAUUUCGAGUGCAAGCAAACCAUACAAGAACUGUUUAAAAACCUCAUUGGCUAUCAUUUGCAUUGACACUCUUGUCUCAUUAGUCAGUGGUUUGGGCUUCUUCGCGGUUAUUGGUCACCUGGCACAUGUGUCAGAAGUGUCGGUAGAGGAACUCAUGGAUUCAGAAACAAACAUUUUGUUUGACACGAUGCCGAGAACUCUAACUUCGCUCAACUUCCCACGGCUGUAUGUUUGUCUGAGCUACGCGUCAACAGUUCUGAUGAGCUUUGGCUAUCUCGCUGCCGUUAUUGGAAUGACCACAUAUGACGGAAAAGACAUCUUCAACUCACUGACCAACCACCACGGUGACGCGGAGAAGACAGCGUCCAACCUCUCCAUCUACCAGUACAACAUAGUCACCUGCAUCUUGGGCUUCACGGCCAGUAUCAUAUUCGUGGCGAAAGGUGGCACGCUUGUCCUCGACGUGACGGAUGUGAGGGGUCACGUGGACAUGUCGUUUGUGAUUGCCGCUUUGCAGACCAUCGUCAUCUGCGUGUUCUACGGCAGCGGCAGCGUACUUGAUCUCGUGGAGGAAGAAAUGGGCAUGAAGCUGGGAGGAUCGCGACCCUACUGGGCUCUCUCGUGGAACAUUGUAGCUCCCUUCUUGCUACUGUGGGUAGCAUUCAAUAGAGAAGACGACAGCAACAACCAUUUGGCCGGCGAAGAUGAAGCAGACGCGUGGCACAUGCUUGGCGCCAUAAUUGCCUUUUACCCCUUCCUGGUCGUGCUGGGCUUUUUCAUUUUCCAAGUGUACAACUUUCGAAAGGACGGCGUGUGGCAGGCGCUGCAGCCGACUCGGAAGUGGUGCCUGGGUCUGGACACAAGUCUGCUCAUCGAGGCGGCCGAUGCUGAGCCUGACAAGUGGCGAGGUGACAUCGAGCUGACGAUCGCGCCGCCCUCGGAGGCGGCCCUGCCGGCAGCGUCCUUCGUGGUGACGGCGCCCUCCGGGUCCCGCGUCGGCCCGGCGCCCGACGCCGGCCAGGAGCCGCGUCCCACCAUCGCCCCCUCUGGAGCUCUGUUGGGUCUGGGACCGCAGCAAACGACCCGCAAGUCCAUCUUCGAAGGGCCCACUGCAAUGGCCAUUUUCGAUCAUACGCUAAAAAGCCAAAAGUAUGUGCCGUUCCAGCGGCAAAUGGAAGAAGGCAAGAGGAUACGACGGCUGUCUGGAAGGCCGCCGUAAGCGGGACAACUAUAUUCCAGUGUUGUGGUAUUCCAUUGUGUGUUUUCAUGCAUUCAGUGCUGCUUAUUAGAGUUAGCGCUAAUGUGGACAUGAAUGAUGUAUGUACAGAUUCGGGACAUAUAGAGGUGUGGCUUGAAAACGCGUGAAUGUUUUCACCUAUUGCUGGUG